AUGGAGUUUGUGUCUGGAUACCGGGAUGAGUUCCUUGAUUUCGCUGCCCUCCUCUUUGGCUGGUUCCGCAAGUUCGUGGCAGAGCGCGGGGCCGUGGGGACCAGCCUUGAGGGUUGCUGGCGGCAGCUGGAGGCUCAGAUCAGGAGGCUGCCCCAGGACCGCGCCCUCUGGGUGCUCCACGUCUUGCCCAACCGCAGUGUGGGCAUCAGCCUGGGGCAAGCGGCAGAGCCAGGCCCUGCACCAGGCCUGGGGGCUGCCCGGCUCCUGGGAGACGAGCCCCCACUCCGCCUGCGGGACCUAAGCCCCUAUGUCAGCUUUGUCAGCCUGGAGGAAGGCGAGGAGGAGGAGGAAGAGGAAGAAGAGAAUGGAGAGGAGGAGGGUGCAGGCACCGAGAAAGCAGAAACAGAGGAGGAUGGGGAGCCAGCCCCUACCAGCAGGGAGUCCCCAAAGGAAGCAAACCCCCCAGGGGAGGCCAAGCAGGAGGCAGGAGGUGGCGAGGUUGGCUGCCAAGAGGACAGGGCGGAGGACGAACCAGGGCCUGAGAGGAGGAAGGGACAGAGAAGUGACGCGGCCCCCCUGCACCUUUCCUGCCUCCUACUGGUGACGGAUGAACACGGCACCAUCUUGGGCAUUGACCUGCUGAUGGAUGGAGGGCAGGGGAGUGCAGGCAGGGGCUCAGGGACACAGAACCUGGCUCCUCGGGCCUAUGCUCUCCUCUGCCACAGCAUGGCCUGCCCCAUGGGCUCUGGAGGCCCCCGAAAGCCCCGAAAGCUUACCGUGGGAGACGCCCAGCUGCAUCGGGAGCUGGAGAAUCUGGUCCCAAGGCUGAGAGUGAAGCUAGCCAAGACCCCGAUGCGGACAUGGGGUCCCCGGCCCGGCUUCACCUUUGCCUCCCUUCGGGCUCGAACCUGCCAUGUUUGUCACAGGCAUAGCUUUGAAGUGAAGCUAACCCCCUGCCCCCAGUGUGGCGCUGUCUUGUACUGCGGAGAGGCUUGUCUGCAGGCUGACUGGAAGCGAUGCCCAGAUGAUGUGAGCCACCGAUUUUGGUGCCCAAGGCUUGCAGCCUUCAUGGAGCGGGCCGGAGAACUGGCAACUCUGCCUUUUACCUACACCGCAGAGGUGACCAGUGAAACCUUUAACAAGGAGGCCUUCCUGGCCUCACGAGGCCUCACUCGUGGCUACUGGACCCAGCUCAGCAUGCUGAUUCCAGGCCCUGGCACCCCAGGGCACCCAAGGGGAAGCACGCCAUCCCUCAGCGUUCUUCUCAGUGGACAUCCCUACCAGCUUCUUCAGGGGGAUGGGCCUGCUCUGAUGCCUCCUGUGCCCCCAGAUCCACCCAGGGGCCUCUUUGGCUCGUGGCAGGAUUACUACACAUGGCGGGGCCUCAGUUUGGACUCCCCCAUGGCUGUGCUUCUCACCUACCCGCUGACUGUGUACUACGUCAUCACCCAUCUGGUGCCCCAGUCCUUCCCUGAGCUCAACAUCCAGAACAAACAGUCACUGAAGAUCCAUGUGGUGGAGGCUGGGAAGGAGUUUGACCUCAUCAUGGUGUUUUGGGAGCUCUUGGUCUUGCUCCCCCACGUGGCCCUGGAGCUGCAGUUUGUGGGUGACAGCCUGCCCCCUGAGAGUGACCAGCAGCAUUUUACCCUGCAGAGGGAUGACCUCGAAGUAUCUGUCCGUCCUGGUUCCGGGGUAUCAGCACGGCUCAGCUCUGGGACUAAGGAGAAGGGGGGCCGCAGGGACCUGCAGAUCAAGGUGUCUGCACGGCCCUACCACCUGCUCCAGGGGCCCAAGCCUGACUUGGUUAUCGGAGGCCCUGGGAGCCAGCUUCUCCCUGUUCUCCUUCCCUCCGCAGGAUUUAACUCUGGCUUUGGUCUAAAGGACACUUGGCUGAGCUCGCUGCCCCGGUUACAGUCCCUCCGGGUGCCGGCCUUCUUCACCGAGAGCAGCGAGUACGGCUGUGUGAUGGACGACCAGACCAUGGCGGUGGCCACGGGAGGGGGCACCAGCCCUCCACAGCCCAACCCUUUCCGCUCCCCCUUUCGCCUCAGAGCGGCGGACAACCGUAUGCCCUGGUACUGCAACGCCUUCAUCUUCCACCUGGUCUACAAGCCUCCGCAAGGGAGCUGGGUCCGCCCCGCGCCAGGGCCCGCGCCCCACGCCCCAACUCCUACCGCUCCUCCCGCCCCCGCCCGUAGGCGCCGAGGAGGAAAGAAACCUGGGAGGGGGGCCCGCCGGCGGAGGUGAGGGCGGAGAGGUAGAAGUCCACCCCCUCCCCUAACACGCCUCAGAAAGGAACACGAAACAGGCGAGGCCGAGGGGGAGGCCAGUUGGCGGAACACGAAAAGGUAAAUAAAAUUACUUGUUUGAAACC